CCUGUAAACAGAAUAUUACAACACUAGUACUAGAUGGAACGUUGCCGUCGAUCGUCGAGUAGAUAGUGCGCUUACAUUUAUGUUUUGAAGAGAGAUGUUAUGACGAGUCUUUGUUUCCGAAAAAGUACUGUUUUUUUUAAGUUACAAGUCAAAUAAUGUGAAUAAUCGCGUACAUUAAUAUUACGCGAUUGCAACUCAAUGUAUUUUUCCAAAGUAUGAUCGUGCCAAUAGGAGUUAGUAUAAUACUUAGGUGUUCAUAUUGGUUAAGUUCUGUGAAUCUUGUGCCAAUAAUGAGAUAGUGGAGUGCCGUGAUGUGGUUGUGGAACAUGUGGGGAGUGGUGUGGAUCGUCGAGGUGCUGGCGCUCGUCGUGGGGGUUGGCUCGACGCCUUUGGAGCCAGGGCUGCCGUCGUCGCGAGGGUUGACACUAACGCCGUUCGUUCGUCACUGGCAGCCCGCGGAGUACAAACCGCUAGGGCUGCGCCGGCGGCGGGCGGCGGCGCCCCCGCCUCCGCCGUCCACACCUCUGCGAUUGUCGUUUAAAGCACAUAACAGGGAGUUCCGGCUAGUCCUCCAGCCGGACCCCAGUUCGGUGUUUGCUGAAGACGUGCAGUUCCAUUCCACCGCCGGGCCCAUGGACUACAACACCGCUCAUGUGUACUCGGGGAAGCUUGAAGAUGACGAAACUUCACAUGUGUAUGGAGUCAUUACAGCGGAGGGUCUUUUCGAUGGUACAAUAUGGACCUCGACUGAAGAGUACUACGUCGAGCCAAUAUCUCGAUACAAUGUUGAUCAUCCGAACAUGCACAGCGUCAUCUACAGACGAUCUGAUGUCGAUCACCCUCACAACAACAGAGAUAUCUCACAUUGUGCUUCUCAUCUUCUUCACAUUAAAGGAACCAUCGGGCAACACGGAGAACUAUUUAACUUCACUCAAGAAUUAAGUAUAACAGAAAUUCCAUUUAACAAUAAGACAGAAGACUUAGGAACUGAAAUAAAUAGACGAAAAAAGAGAUGGCUUCCUGAAGAUGAAAUGCAAGAUGAUCAGCCAAAGAAAAAUCCUGAUUUACCGCUAGAUUUAGACGUUCCCUACACUAGUAAUAGCGAUCCUUUCGAUAAAUUUAGUACGCGAAAACCGAAAACCAAAAUCGAUAAAAGUAACCUCAUCACAAAAGUGCGACUCGAUUCGGAGGAAUCGAGACCGAAACCAAAGACUCACGUGGAAGUGAUAAAAACUAAAGCAGGUGUAGUGACUGUUAGUAAAGAUAUUGUUAAGAAGGAGCCAGUGGGAUAUACAAUACUGUCAGCGAAUGCCAGCGAUGACGGAAGACACGUCAAUAAAAGGGCAACAGUUGAUCCUAGAAAAACUACUUGUCUAGUCUAUUUACAGGCAGAUCACAUGUUCUAUCAACGUUACGGCUCCGAAGAGGCCUGUAUUGAAGUAAUGACACGACAUGUGCAGAAAGUUAAUGCCAUAUAUAAAGUAACAGAUUUUAAUCAGGACGGGAAAGCAGAUAAUAUUACGUUCAUGAUAAAAAGGAUAAAAGUUCACACUUUAGACGCGCUUAAAGACCCCGCGUAUCGCUUCCCGAAUAAUUAUGGCGUCGAGAAAUAUCUAGAGCUUUUUUCAGAGGAAGAUUACGACGCAUUUUGUUUAGCGUAUAUGUUUACGUACCGUGAUUUCGAGAUGGGCACACUGGGCUUGGCCUGGACUGGAGACCUCAAGAAUGCUGGUGGCGUUUGUGAAAAAAACGGACAUUACAGAGGCAGCAUGAAGUCUUUGAACACGGGCAUCGUGACCCUCCUUAAUUACGGCAAGCACGUGCCGCCGGCGGUGUCCCACGUGACUCUGGCUCAUGAGAUCGGCCAUAAUUUCGGCUCGCCGCAUGACCCAGAAGUAUGUACGCCGUUCGGCGAAGACGGCAACUACAUAAUGUUCGCAAGAGCCACGAGCGGCGAUCGUAAGAACAACAAUAAAUUUUCGCCUUGCUCCUUACGAGCGAUAGAUCCAGUACUUAAUAAUAAAGCACGUUCGCCCAAGGGAUGUUUCACAGAACCACAACCAGCAAUUUGCGGCAACGGUGUGGUGGAAGAAGGGGAAGAGUGCGACUGUGGCUGGGCGUCCGAGUGCACGGAUGUGUGCUGCCGGCCGCAAGCUGUGAGACCGCACUAUAAGCCCUGCACGCUCACGGAGCAUAGCGUGUGCAGUCCUAGUCAGGGUCCUUGCUGCACAUCAUCUUGUACGCUCAAGUUCGGUGACAAGUGUCGGUCUGACAACGGGUGUCGUGACGCCGCACAUUGUGACGGCAAGCGAGCCGCCUGCCCCGCUAGUAGACACAAGCCGAAUAGGACGAGAUGUGAUAGAGAGCUCGUGUGCUUUAUGGGAGAGUGUACCGGCUCGAUCUGUCUCGCAUACGGGCUGGAGUCGUGUCAAUGUGCGCCGCGGAAAGACGACCCGCGGUCCGCGUGCGAGCUGUGCUGCCGCAAGCCGGGCGGGCCCUGCGAGUCGUCCUUCCGCUGGAACACGCCGCCCUUCGACGUGCCCGACAUGUACGCUAAACCCGGCACGCCUUGCAAUGACUAUAAUGGUUACUGCGACGUGUUCCAACGGUGCCGCGAGGUGGACCCGUCGGGCCCGCUGGCCACGCUGCGCAAGCUGCUGCUGUCGGACGAGAGCCUCGCCGGCUUCCGGCGCUGGGUGCUGCGCCACUGGUACGCCGUGCUGCUCAUACUGCUCGCCGUUAUUGCGCUCCUGGUGGCCAGUACCCGUUUCCUGGGUCGUCACGCUAAGAAGAUCAAAUCAGUCACAAUCAUUCACUCAUCCACUACAGAAACCGUCCGCCUGCCGGAUGCCGCUGACCAGAUGAUUGUACAUACUGCUGUCAGGUCGAAGCUUCCUCUUAAAAAGAAGGUGGCACUCCGCACACGCGCCUACAGAGGCAAGAAGGAUCAAACAAAUAAACAGAGUGACAAAGCGUCGCCUUCGCAUGCCGCUAAAAACGGCAAGAAACGGAAACCAACUCCGCAGGCGAAAUUAGAUGAUGCUAUUAAAGUAGCUAAAGAAGCGACUGCCGUUGUAACCAAUGCAGAUGGGAAGUCGCCGAAACACGUGAUAUUAUCUAAACAUAAGGGAAAAGUCAAGAAAAGAAAGCUAAAAAUGAAGAAAGAAACAAUAGAUUACAGUUCAAUGCAAAAACAUCCGUCAUCGCCGAUAAAGGACACUGAAGCUUUAACUAAAGUUCAGAAGUGGCUUCUCAGCUCACCGCAACCUUCGUCAAUACCCAAGUCUAAAUCAAUACCAGUAGGACUUACUGAAAGAACACAUAGACAAAUCUCUAAAGGCUCGCGAAAAACGAGACCUUCUAAGAGCGCAACAAAUCUGUUCUCAGGAGAAAAAGCUAGACUACAAGUAGUGUUUAAACCUCCAUUUAGAUUUAGUGUAAAAAUUUGUAAAAGCGACAAAACUAAAGUCGUCCUAGAUAAGUCUUCGAAACCCGAACUCGAAAGAAAACGCCACGAUUCACUACCUCAACAGACUUGCCCCGCUGAUCUUGGAAAAUCGAAUCUCAAUAUUAAACAUUUAAAUUCAAAUAAAAAUACAAUAGACAAUACAACGAACGUCCAAACCUCGGACGCGCCUCAGCCAGAGAAUGUCAGUCACGGGUAUGAAAACUUGCUACCUCGCAGUACAAGUGAUUGCAAACUGGGGAAGAAAUCCUCGGAAACUAAAGUUCGAGCCGGCCACAAGAAGAGCAACUCUGUAGGUCAAAAACGUGACACGACAGAGAGUCGUCAAAAUCUCAUCUCUCAAGAUGAGUUUGAUAACACACACGUUUAUGAAAACGUCGUGUUGUCGCAAGAUACGUUCGUUCCAAAGAGUUGUAGUAUGCCACGAAGGCAAAACUCCGCCGUCAUAUCUCGGCAGAGCAGUUACGGCCAUCUACCUCGAGCUCAAAUCCGCCCACAUAGACAUAGUACUAACAAUAUAAGCAGGUCUCGAAAUAAUAGCAACAGUGGACUAGAACACUUUUACAAUAUCAUUGAGACGUUGAGGCGAGACAACGCAAACACAUGUAACACGAACACCAGCAGUUCCUCUGGCAGUAGUCGUGAGAUUUCGAAAGGCAGCAUAAAACAAGGGAUUAGAACGUCCCGACAAAAUAGUCUAGUCGACGGCCGACCGAGUAUUUCUGAGACUGCCAAAUUAAAAAGACAACUCAGUGAAAUAGAGCUUGAUAAAUCACAAAACAACGAUAAUAAGCUUAGGGGCUUCCAAUUAGUAGUGGGCAAAGAAAAGCUUAAGCGGCAAUUGAGUGACAAUGAACUGACGAGGUCACGCUUGCAGCUGGCGAUGCCGAUGUCCGCGGGAGCCGAACCGCGGCAGCCAUUUUGUUGGAAUAAACGAUCCAGUUUAGAUUGUGAGGAGUCAUUGGGGGCGAACCGCGUGCCGAAAGCUCGCAACAACACAAAGCGCACCAAUUACACGUUCGGCGAACUGAAGAACACCGUCCCGAAUGCCAGCGAAGCGUCGACAGCAGACGGCAUCCACAUCUCACCAGAAGAAUUCCUCAAAAUAAUCGAUAACUAACAUUCCGUGUGGACAUUUAGGUGUUAAAUAUUUUUUACGAACAAUAUAAUCGCUGUGUAAAUUGUUAGGUAUUUGCGAUGUGUAUCUAUUGCUAAUUGAUGUAAAUAUUAUAUUCGCUUCUUUAAUAUUAAGAAUGAACAAACCUGCCACUGAAACAGACCAUUGUUUAGUUGAAGUGUGCUCUCAUUGUAAAAUGCCUCAAUAAGUAAUAGGAAAAACCUGAGUUCAUUUAAAACCUCUAACGAUCGAUUUGAAGUUUAUUCGUUUCGUUCAUCUGUGUUAAAAAUUUUAAAGGGAUAAAAAACAAAUUGUGUACGUUAAUUAAAGGAUUUUAAUUAAUAUUAAAUAUCGUUCACAAAGUUAUCUCGGAUAGUAAGUUUAGAUUUUUUUUAUUAAAACAGUAAAUUAUGUAAAUUAUUUACUUAAACUACCAAUGGUCUCGUUUCACUGUAUGAUCUCUAUAAAUGAAUCUCUAUUUUUUCUACAUAACCUAUUGUACAAAAUGACUCAUACCUAUGUAAAGUGUUCAUAUAGAAUUAUUUCAAAUUAUUCAUGUAUGUAUUUUUCUUUUAAUUCUUCAUAUUAUUUUCUUUACAAACUAACUAAUAUUACUGGCAUUAUUUCGAUGUUGAACUAUAUUAUAAUAAUAUGAAUAAGUAACGUAAUGUGGUAAGUACAAUAAAAUAAUAAUUAUCAAGCUAAUGAAUUUCGCUUUUUAUAUUUUAUUUUAAAUGUCUGUCAAUUAAAUAUGUCAAUCUGUUAUAAACAUUAAUAUUUUAUAUAAUUCCUUUUAAAUAUCCAUAUAAAACUGCUAAAUGCCAAUUAUCGUAAUAAAGUUAGGGCCCCGUAACGUAUUUGAUUAAUGCAAGAAUAUAAAUAACAUAUAUUUAUUUAUUUAAUUAUUUAUUGCACACACAAAAGAAAUAGAGACACAUAAAGUACAGAUAAGAGGAAAAUAAUGUGUACAAACGGUGGCCUUAUCGCUAGAUAGCGAUCUCUUCCAGGCCACCGUAAGUAAUAUGUAAGGAGAGACAUUAAAAGGAGGUAAAAACAUAUACUCUCUCUAUCGAUAGUAUAUAUGUAGAUAAAUAUAUCGAUAUUUAUCUACACCAAAUAUUAUUUCAUGCAACGUUAUUUCGCCGUAUAAUUAAAAAAAAAACAUAUUGAUUAGUUGUUUAUGUUCCUCUAAAACCAAUAAAUGAAUCUUGCAUUAAUCGAUACGCAACUAUAAUCAAAAAAUAUAACAUUUGAAGCUUUUUAACAUUAAAAAUAUUUUUCUAUAAAUUUUAAUAACAGAAAAACAGCAAAGAAAAUUUCAGCAGUUUAUUUGCAAUAACAAUUAAUGUCUGAGAUGGAAUUUGUAUUUACGUAAUUCACUGUAUUAGAGGGACAAUAUUUAAGUGCAUAGAGCCACGUUGAUCGAAUGUUUUAUAUUGUUGAAUAGUAAUUUUGUAAACUCUCUAAAUUAUUACUAGGUAAGAAGAUAUAUAGGUAUUAUGUAGUUGUGUUCCCGCCUAAGUUUACAAGCUGUAAAAUUAUGUGAUAGCUCGGUUAUUUUACAAAGUUUUUUUUGGCAACAACAGUACCAUUUUUGCGAUAACCGUAUUAUAAUGUGGUAGCUAUGUUUUUUUUCGUAAGCGUUUAUUUUUUAUCGGCAAAAUGUUCUGUCUCAGGUAUUGUAAAUUGCGACACUAACUAGGUCUGGCGGACGUUGCGUUGACGUCGCGAUGCUUUCCCACUAAGCAAAAGCGUCUAUGAGCUUCGUAAUAGGAAAGUAAGGGUAAAAAGUAUUGUAAUGUAAAAAUGAUUUCUAAGAUGAUACUCAAAGUAUUGGACGUGUUACAAAUUUGUAUUUGAAAGUUAUUUCCUACGGGUGUUGCUACUUCGAUAGUUUGUUUUAAAGCAUUCGCUUGUUUACAGUUCGAUGUUUAACUAAUAAAAUGUAGUUAGCUUGUACUCCAGUAUCCGAUCAUAAUAAUUUAGAUUAUAAUAGCGUGUUGUUUUUGGUCUUGAAAUCGGACAUUAUGUACCAUGUAUUUAAAUGUAAUUAACUCAGCUAUGGAACUAUUAAAUGGUUUUGUAGAUAUUUAUCUAUGUCGGCUAUUUGUUUUAAUUAUAUCUGUUUUACACAGGUUAUCUGGUGUAUAUUAAUUGAUGUAAUAAAUUAAAUAUUGGUUCCAAGUGCCUUACGAGCAAAUUAUUACAUUCCUACGAUCAUUCCACGCAAAUCCUUAUUUAAAAAAUGUUAUCGUGGCAUUCAUUAUCCAACCUCCUGUUUAAUGUGUAUUAUAUUUAUGAAAUCCGUAACAAUAUUAAUUGUUUAGACUUUAUUAUAUGUACGUUAUUAUAGUUGUAUUUCCAGUACUUAAUUAGACUGUGAUAGAAUAUGUUUGAAAAUACUAUGUUUAUUUUUCUUUAUCAGUUAAGACUACGUAAAAACAGUAUAUUACUCAUUAUGAAUACAAAUUUGUAAUAAAUUCAUUUUCUAACAUUUUACUAUUUUUUCUGUAUUUUAUAAAUAAAUAAAAGGAAUCCAAUUUA